AUGAGAAAGUUCCACCGAUUUUUGGUGUUCAGCGUCGCUGCGCUCGUCCUGUACCUGGUCUAUCGCUAUUCCUUCCCGGUGGACAGCGAAGGGAACUACCUCUUUCUGAAACCCCUGGAGAGUAGUGGGAACGGAGUUCUUACGUUGCUGCAGCAGUCUGCCGACGAUCGGCAGACGGACGUUGAUGGUGAAGGGGCAGAUGAGACGGAGAGGGAACCGGAUCCGAAGCGGUUGGUAAAUCUGACCGAUUUCCAGUUCCGGAUCGGAAACGACAUCUGCAAGGAGAACGGGAGCUACUCGGAACUUUUGGGUGUAAUCAUGGUGACGUCCUACGUGGGAAACGAUGCGCUGCGGGCAGCGCACCGGCAGGCCAUCUCCCAGCAGAAGCUGAUUUCGAUGGGUCUAUUACGGAUAUUCUCCCUCGGGGAAAUUCCAGAGCGGGAGCGGUUCAUCACCCAGAAGGCGCUUCAAAGCGAACAGGAUCUCUUUGGGGAUCUGAUUCAGGGAAAUUUUCAGGAAGCCUACCGAAAUCUUACCUACAAGCACGUUAUGAGUCUUAAGUGGGCCACGGAGCACUGUCGGAGGGCCAAGUUCGUGGUCAAAAUGGACGACGACAUCGUAUUCGAUCCGUUCUUCGUUCAGAAUCACCUGUCGGAUCUCGGCCAUGGAAAGGACCAGCCACAGGGGUCACUAUUGGCCGGAUUCAUGUUCAACAACAAGAAAGUUAUCCGGCUGAAGGCGAACAAGUGGUUCGUGUCGCGGGAGGAGUUCCCCCGGGAGGUCUAUCCGCCGUACUUGUCCGGAUGGUUGUACAUCGCCAAUCAGCGGGCGGCCCGGAAGUUAGUCCUGCAGUCGGAAGUAGUUCCGUUCUUCUGGAUCGAUGACACCUACGUGACGGGGAUUCUGGCCGGCCAGGUCGGGAUCAAGCUGCACAGUCUGAACAAGUGGUUCAGUGCCAAUUCGGAAUUCCUGGACUGCUGCAUCCGGGACAUGAAGCGGUAUUCGUACCAGUGCGAUUACUAUGUGGGCCCGAACGGGGGCAACAGUCGACUCAUAAUGGACUUUGUUCAGGAGUUGGAGCGUUGCUACGACAAUGCUUGCUAUCAGCGGCCGAGUGAGAAACCACUGACCAAGACCUGUGUGGCGGAGUACAAGAAUACCGUGCAACAACAGCAGCAGCAGCAUGGGACGGCGUUGGUCAGCAUGAUGCGGCUCUGA